CGUCUGCUGAAGCAUUCGGACACAUUUUACUGACGCACCGCUCCGGCUUCCUUCUCAUUUUAGCAGUCAGGUGUACUAACUGUGGUUCCCGGCGGAUUGAAAAACUAGUGCAAGGUGUUUUGAGGACAUAUCUGGAUUGAUGCCCGGCAGGUUAAGAUGGAACUGUCUGAAUCUGUUACACACAAGAACGGGAGGCUGCGGAAGCCUGUGGUGUCCAACUCUGAUAUGGGUGAAAGAGAAUCCAAGCUAGAAGUGGAGUGUGACGAGGAGACUCUUCUACCAAACUCAGUCAGGGCUGAUGGACAGGCGAAAGCGUGUCACGGGAUCAAAGGAGAACUAGGCAAUGUGGCCCUGUUAUUGUUUUUGUAUGUGCUUCAGGGCAUUCCCUUAGGCUUGGCCGGGAGCAUCCCUCUCAUCAUGCAGAGUAAGAACGUUAGCUACAAGGACCAGGCCUAUUUUAGCUUCGUCUUUUGGCCCUUCAGUCUAAAGCUGUUCUGGGCUCCCCUGGUGGACUCGCUGUACCUGCGGCAGUUUGGCAGGAGGAAGUCGUGGCUGGUGCCCACUCAGUACCUGCUGGGUCUUUUUAUGCUUUACCUGUCAGUCACGGUUGAUGCAAUGCUUCAGACAGAUGGACAGAGUGGGCCAGAUGUGAUCGCACUGACAGCAGUCUUCUUCGUGCUGGCUUUCCUCGCAGCCACGCAAGAUAUUGCCGUUGAUGGCUGGGCUUUGACUAUGCUGUCCAGGGAGAAUGUGGGUUAUGCUUCCACUUGUAACUCUGUGGGUCAGACGGCUGGAUACUUCCUAGGAAAUGUGUUGUUUCUGGCUCUGGAGUCUGCUGAUUUCUGCAACAAGUAUCUGAGGUUUGAGCCUCAGGAACGGGGCAUUGUAACACUCUCAGGU